CUCCGCACAUCGCCCGGCGGAGGGACUUGCACGAGCUUUCACCAUUCCGAUCGUCCCCCAUUCGUCGCUCUCGCAGCAAACGCCGUGCCCGGUCUCGAUUCCCGCGCCCGAAGUUACGCUCGCUCGCAAGCGACCCGUCCGAAACCUCCGCUGAGAGAACGCCCUCGGCUGUACUCACAUCCUUCGCUGAAAUAACUGCGAGCACCGAGGCGGCACGAGGAUCAUGGCGGGGGAAUUGGGCGUCAGCGGGUCGGUGGACCCCACGACGCUGUACACCAAGCAGCAAUGCAUCGGCGGAGGCAGCUUUGGAAAGGUGUACAAAGGCAUCGAUAGGCGAACCGGUCAAUUAGUCGCAAUCAAGGUCAUCGAUGUCGAGAACGCCGAGGACGAGGUCGACGACAUCAUCACCGAAAUUGCCAUCUUGUCGGGCAUGAACUCACCAUAUGUCACCAAGUACUACGGCUCGUACCUUCACGGCUCAGAUCUCUGGAUCGUCAUGGAGUUCUGCUCCGGUGGCAGCUGCGCGGAUCUGAUGAAGCCGGGGCCCAUUGGGGAGGUUGAAAUCGCCGUCAUACUGAAAGAGCUGCUUAUGGGCUUGACCUAUCUACAUGAUGACAACAAGCUUCACCGGGACAUCAAGGCUGCCAAUAUCUUGGUGAGCGCGAACGGCCAGGUGAAGCUUGCCGAUUUCGGUGUCUCAGGACAGCUUUCGGCGACCAUGACGAAGAAGAAUACCUUUGUUGGCACGCCUUUCUGGAUGGCGCCCGAAGUCAUCAAGCAGUCGGGCUACGAUCACAAGGCGGACAUAUGGUCUCUGGGAAUCACCGCACUGGAGCUUGCGAAUGGCGAGCCGCCAUAUGCAGACAUCCAUCCCAUGAAGGUGCUCUUCCUGAUCCCAAAGAACCCAUCACCACAGCUGUCAGGCGGCUUCUCAUCGCACUUCAAGGAAUUCGUUGAUCUGUGCCUACGGAAAGAUCCUCGAGACCGGCCAUCGGCCAAGCAACUCCUCCAGACCACGUUCAUCCGGAAAGCUGGGAAGCCAGCGCGUCUGCAGGAGCUCAUUUCUCGUUACCAAGACUGGCAGCUGAGGCAUCCAAAGCUGGAUGAUUCGUCGGAUGAGUCUACACCCCAAAAGAAACACAGUCCAGUGAAUCAAGAGCUGUGGGACUUUGGCACAGUUCGUCCAGUCCAUGGUGGGGGUAGACUUCCAGGUCUGAAACCCAUGAACGAUGCUGGCGCAAACGCUCGGAACGUGUCCCCGCAGCGGAAACCUAUUGUAAACCAACGUGGUGGUGGCAGCGAUGAGAAUUGGAUUGGGUCCGACGACACCCUUCGAGGAACAAGCCCGCCGCCAUCCCCAACGAAACGCCUUGCCAAACUGCAAACGCAGAUGCCAAGUUCACCUGCCAGCACGUUAGGCACCGCUGCGAGAAUUCCUCUACCGCCGUCGCCGGAAAAGAAGGCAAUUCCACCCCUACUUCCACCGACCGCCCAGGAACCUGUUCGGAAAUCACCUGUACCUGCGGUCUUCUCACCACAUCCUCCCAGCCGUGGAAUGGUAACGCCGACGAAGCAGACACCUCAGCAGCCUCGACGGCAGACACCGCUGGCCCGCGAUUAUGACGACUAUAUUCAGCGCUCCAUUGCCGCGGACAUGGCGGGCUUGGAGGUCACGCCGCAGCGCAAUCCGACGCCAACGCGAGCUUCUGUGCUUCCGCCGCUGGCCAUUCCGGAGAUACCGCCCUACCGUGGCGGCUCAUCCACUGCGUCCAACGGCAAUGCACCCGCCGCAAACCAGUCAAAGCCGAUGCAAACGCCAGUUCAGAACCAGAACCCGCGUCCAUCUCAGGUCCAAAAGCCACUUCCGCCGCUUGUGGGUCAGCAGCCACUGCCACCGCUCACAUCACAGCAGCCUCUUCCUCAAUUCAACCCCAGCUCAGCCUCACGGCCGAGUUCCUCAUCAUCAAACGAUCCCUUCGGCGGUCCGCUGAUCGGUGACUGGAACCAGAGGACGAGCAAUCCCUCGCUUCAACCCGCCACCCCGAACCACGGCAAACCCUCUCCCAUGUCGCGGGGCUCUUUCGGCCGCCCCAAAGCGCCUCAUACUCCCGCCUCCCCGAUCCAAUCCGCCGAGAUCACCGCGCUCACCGGCGUCGUUGUCCCAGCUCUCGAGGCCGCUCUAAAUCGCCGCGCCUACCACCUCAACCUCAAGAACAAGCAGGAGGGUGCGCAAGCAUUGCGCGAUCCGCAGGCCUUCAUGGAGCGCCGCAAACAGCGGCAGGAGUGCCAUGAGCAAGUCAAGAGGCUUGUCGGCGAGCUGGCGGAGCGGUUCAAGCAGCUCGAUAAGUGGGACGAGAGGGGCGAGGUGGGCAUGGGCGGAGAAGUCGCGGGCUUCCUUGAGGGCUUCCUCGAAGAGGUCCUUGUUCGGGUUGAGCCAGCUGAUGAUUAAGCCGGCUACUGAGUCCUAGCUGAUGCUUUUGCUAGGUCUAUCUCGCGAGGCAGAACAA